AUGGAUGUGCUUCCUAACGACUUCGGACCCGCCGAAGUGAAUCCACUGGAGCCCACUGCUCCGGAAGUCAUUCCUGCGUCAUCAUUCCAGGGGCCUGUGCCUCUUGGCAACUCCAUUGAGCAGCUACUGCGGGAGCCUGCGAGGUUCGGAAGCUCAGAGUUUUACACUAAGCAGAAGAUGGUCACGUAUCUCAACAGGUAUAGAGCGCAGAAACUGCACACGGAGGAAGUCGAGGAUGAAGCUGCCACGACUGCGAGAAGCCGACAAGAGGAAAAGAAUGCGCCGGGCGCGACAGAUGGCGAGAAGUGCCGUGACUGCAUUUCCUUUGUCGCCGGGCGCCGGUGUUAA